CCGGUGUCACUUUCAUUUCUUACCCAAAACUCCAAAAGCUUCCCUCCUUGUAGAAUCAGGCAAGAGAGAGUAUGGGGUCUACGGGGACCGAGUCGUACCAACUGGCCCAAUAUGACGUUUUUCAACGCUAUCGUCAGUGUCCGAGGGCCUCCCCUUACCCCAUGUGCAUCGCCAUCAAAUCCUGGACUCGGACCACUGCGUAAUUCUGAUUCAGUGAACCUACCUUCCUUAUGUUCACUAAAAUGACUGAACCAGUCGUCGUUGUAUUUCAGUAUUUGUACCGGCUCCAGGCAGCUGGGAAGAGCCAUUUUAGCUCGCUCAUCAUCAACUUUUAUUACUACUUUAGUGAGAAAGCCAGUCGAUCCGAGUAGCCGAAGCCGAACGCCAUUGCGAGCCUCAGUCAAGUGAGACGAAAUUCUUUUUCGUUUUUUUUCUCGCUUCUGAGGGUUCAUGCAUACACAGAUAGCACAAAGGAAACAGAGCUUGCAAGAGUGAUACAGUCCAUCAAAUGGCAGGGCGUUUGAGCUCCUUGAGGAGAGGGUAUAGAGAAGCCUGCAGCACUAUUCUUCGGAAGAUCGAGCUUUCCUCUCGGUCUGUCUCCACUUCUUCGUCCUUUGUAGAGAAGAUCAGGGAUCUACCCAAGGAAUUUCCAGGAACUAAUGUCAAGAAGGAUGUUUCUCAAUUGAUUGGGAGAACUCCACUUGUGUAUCUGAACAAAGUGACUGAAGGAUGUGGAGCUUAUAUAGCUGCCAAGCAAGAGAUGAUGCAGCCAACCUCUAGCAUCAAAGACAGGCCUGCAUUUGCCAUGAUCACAGAUGCAGAAAACAAACAGUUAAUAGCCCCUGGCAAGACCGUGCUGAUUGAGCCAACAUCCGGGAAUAUGGGAAUAAGUAUGGCAUUUAUGGCAGCUCUGAAAGGAUACAAGAUGGUUCUCACCAUGCCCUCUUACACAAGUCUGGAGAGGAGGGUGACCAUGAAAGCUUUUGGAGCUGAACUAAUCCUCACUGAUCCCACUAAGGGGAUGGGUGGAACAGUCAAGAAGGCGUAUGAGCUACUGGAAUCCACACCAGAUGCAUUCAUGCUGCAACAAUUUGAUAAUCCUGCAAAUACUCAGGUUCACUUUGAGACUACGGGUCCUGAGAUAUGGGAGGACACAUUUGGGCAAGUCGACAUCUUUGUGAUGGGAAUAGGAAGUGGAGGAACUGUCUCUGGUGUUGGACAAUACCUUAAAUCCAAAAAUCCCAAUGUUAAAAUAUAUGGAGUAGAGCCUGCAGAAAGCAAUGUGCUAAAUGGCGGUAAACCAGGUCCUCAUCAUAUAACUGGCAACGGGGUUGGCUUCAAACCAAAUAUACUGGACAUGGAUGUCAUGGAAAAAGUUCUUGAGGUUACUAGCGAUGAUGCAGUGAAGAUGGCAAGAGAACUGGCAUUGAAGGAGGGUCUCAUGGUGGGGAUUUCCUCAGGAGCUAAUACAGUUGCAGCCUUGAAGCUUGCAAGAAUGCCAGAAAAUAAAGGCAAACUUAUUGUGACUGUUCACCCAAGCUUCGGAGAGAGGUACCUGUCAUCCGUACUGUUUCAAGAAUUGAGGCAAGAGGCUGAAAAGAUGCAACCAGUUGCUGUCGAUUAAUUUCUGUUAGUUAUAUCAGAAACUUGGAAGUUUUCAUGUCUAAAAUAUAUCCUAUGUAAACUAACAUAAACUACUAUGGCUAUCUCUAGGUCUAUCCAAGUUAAGGAAAGAUAUCAAGUUUCAUAUAUUGCAUAAUCCCUUUCAAUGUAUU